UUUUUUAGAGUCUUCACCGAAUGUGAUGGAUCCAAGGCAACAAUCGGCCAACGCCGACUCGAUCACACUCGGCUUCUUUCCUUCCUUCUUCGUGCACCAUGGCCAAUGCCUCCGCAAAACGAAUCGCCAACCAGAAUGAAACCAUAGUCAAGCAGUUACGACUAGGCCUAUUCCUUCCAACCAUCCUCUCUCUCGUUUUGCGUUUCCUGUUCAGAAGGAAUUCUUUGCCUCCGUCCAAAACUUCGCUGGGUAUAUAUAUCGCAACAUUCUUCCCAGGAUUCUUUCUUUCCAACUACCUGAUAAAAAUCGGGACGACCAGGCGCGAUCCAACGACCGGCACACUCAUGUCGUAUGGUGAAGAUCUCGGUCAACCUGGCGUAAUCGAGUGGUGUUUUGAUGUGGUAUAUAUAACAUGGGCAUGCCAGGUCGGAAGCGGCGCUUUUGGUGAAUGGUUUUGGUGGUUAUAUAUGGUGAUUCCGUUAUACGCUGUAUUCAAACUGUGGACAUCCGCCAUUUCUCCACUACUUCUGGGAAGAGCAGCGGCGGCCGGCGCAAAUGAUGUCCCGGAGAAAGAACCUGCAAUCAGUAAACGACAAGAAAAAUUGAAAAAAAGGAGCGAGCGUGGUGAUCCUCGUGUACGUACUCAAAGGAAGUAGAAGGUGACAGGAGUCGGUUCUAUCGUUCCGCCGCGAAUGAUGGGGACGGACUCUGUAUCCGCUUGUCGCCAUCUUCGUCAUCACGGCGCGUUUUCCAUAUCCCAGAAAAUGGAUAGCCUUCGAAUAUUCGAACUUGAUACAGAGCUGUACUAUAUAUCUCACAGAUACUACCAGAUAUUUCUCAUUCUAACAAGUUACGCGAG